UGAUAAUCAACAUUAUGAAAAUAAAUAUUUUCUAAAUCUCUCCAUUUCAUAUACUUGAAAUGCAAUAUAUUUAAUGUAAUGUGUGACACGCGUUUACGCUAUAAAUAAUAUAUCAUUUAUAUUCUUGCUUAUAAUUUGGUUAGAUCUAAGGCAUUUCUUCAAGCAAUGGGUUCCAAACAAGCAUUUUAUGGAGAUUAUAUAUUGCUUAAGCCGCAAGAAGCAAGUAUUGUGGAACUAGUGCACCUCUUAUUUUCAUCAAACUUAAGGAAUAGAAGAUUCAUUGAUUGCUCAGAAGGACUUGAGGCAGUAGAAUUUCGACAAAGAUGGCUUCUCUUUACCUCUGUUGUUUUACAAAAGGUUUUUGUUUUCUUAGGUCCUUCCUUGAAAAUGGUUGGAAACAUGUUGGAAUUGUGGCUCAAUCGUCUAUCAAGUAAUGGAGGCUUCAUUCCUCUCGUGCUCAACUUUUUUAAAGGAGAGGUAAUAACACCGGAAAGAUCAUCGGCGGAGUUUUUAUCAGUGGUGGGUCUCCUUGACAAUCGAGUUGAUUUAGAUAUUCAUCAUAAUCAUACCAACUACAAAGGGUUACUAUCUAUUAUGACUUCUAAAUUUUCCUACGAGAAUGAACAAUUCAUUAUCAACGCAGUCACAAAUCAUUGGGGUAUGGAAAUUUUGGGGCUAUACGCCUUCUGGAACGAUUACCAAAAGUGUGGCACCACAAAAGCCAUGAUAACUGAAGAUACCAAGUCUGAUCCCAACUUGAUUGUGGUUGCAUUUAGUGGUACACAGCCAUUUGAUGCUGAGCAAUGGAGAACAGACAUUGAUAUCUCAUGGUAUGAGCUACCCGACGUAGGUAAGAUACAUGGUGGGUUCAUGAAAGCUUUGGGCCUUCAAAGGGGCCGUGGAUGGCCCAAAGAAAUAGAUGAGAAUGGCCCACAUCGUUAUGCUUACUACACAAUUAGAGACAAGCUGAGAGCAGUGUUUAAGGAAAAUCAGGAUGCAAAGUUCAUACUAACAGGGCAUAGUUUGGGAGGAGCAUUGGCUAUUCUUUUUGUUGCUGUGCUUAUAUUGCAUGAGGAAGAAUGGUUAUUGGAUAAGUUAGAAGGUGUUUAUACUUUUGGGCAACCAAGAGUUGGAGACAAGAAGUUUGGGGAAUUCAUGGUGGAAAAGAUGAGAAAGUAUGAUGUGAAGCAUAUGAGAUAUGUUUACUCUAAUGAUUUGGUGCCUAGAAUCCCUUAUGAUGACAAGUCCCUUUUCUUUAAGCACUUCAGUCCUUGUCUUUAUUUCAAUAGCUUAUACCAUGGGCAAAUUCUAGAGGAGGAGCCAAACAAGAAUUAUUUCUCUCUGUUUUGGGUGAUACCCAAGAUCUUAAAUGCAGUUUGGGAAGUGAUUAGAGGUUUCCUUCUACCAUUUGUUGUAGGUAGAGAGUAUAAACAGAAUUGGUUCAUGACGAUAUUCAGGCUUGUUGGAUUGAUAAUUCCAGGAAUACCAGCUCAUAUCCCUAAUGAUUACGUCAAUUCUACCCGAUUGGGAUACUUAAACGAACAUCUAGAGAUUCAAAGACCACAACAUUCCAAAGAUGAUUAAUAACAAUGAAUUUGUUAUAAUUAGUUUUUAUAUUGGACCCAAAUGUUGGAUUAUUUGAUUUGGUGCAUGAAUAAAAUUACAUAAUUGGUGGGUGAUCCAAUGGAUAGGGACUCUCCUAUACCAUAUUAAA